GCAGCAGCGGAGCAGCAUCAAGGUUGUUCCAAAGACAGCCCCAAAGAGGGGUCUUGACUGCGCCUCCCCGAAGUUGCUGGCCAGCUCUGGCCAAGUGUGGGAAUGAUUUUUGCGACUGCACGGAUAGAGAACCGUCAAGGGCCCCUUUCGGUCACUUCCGAAGAGCAAAAACGUGUUGAGAGGAGGCCGGUUUAAGAUUUCAAACAGAACCUCCCCAGCGCGCAUGAAAGGACUUGAUUAGCAUAUGUCAAGAGGACCCGCUUAUAUACUCGGUGUGUAUGUACACAGGACUGAUCUGAUCAGUUUGCGGACUUGGAGCCCCUGCCCCCAGCCCAGUAUUGGCAGCCGCAGCUAUAGAUGUUUCUGCAAAGCCAGCAGCCAGCUCCCACCUACCCAAGGAGAGAAGAUCGCUCCAAGGCAGUGAACGCUCCCUUGGUAUCUCAGUGUAAAGUCCAUUCAGCGACCUCACAGGAGUAACCGGGUCUUAACUUUUUUGCGCUGUUUCGCUAUAAUUUUUCUUCAUUUACCUCCCAUCCCCGCUACACUUUUUUAUUGGGGCGAGGGGUUCUUUUGUUUCGCGGAUCCUCUGCCUCUCCCUUUGACCCCUCCAUGGCUCCCUUGACCGAAGUCGGGGGCUUCCUGGGUGGCCUGGAGGGCCUGGGCCAGCAGGUGGGCUCGCACUUCCUGCUGCCUCCUGCCGGGGAGAGGCCGCCCCUGCUGGGCGAGCGCCGGGGCGCGGCGGAGCGGGGCGCCCGCGGCGGGCCCGGGGUCGCGGAGCUGGCGCACCUGCACGGCAUCCUGCGCCGCCGGCAGCUCUACUGCCGCACCGGCUUCCACCUGCAGAUCCUGCCCGACGGCAGCGUGCAGGGCACCCGGCAGGACCACAGCCUCUUCGGUAUCCUGGAAUUCAUCAGUGUGGCAGUGGGACUGGUCAGUAUUAGAGGUGUGGACAGUGGUCUUUACCUUGGGAUGAAUGACAAAGGAGAACUCUAUGGAUCAGAGAAACUGACUUCUGAAUGCAUCUUUAGGGAGCAAUUUGAAGAGAACUGGUAUAAUACCUAUUCAUCUAACAUAUAUAAACAUGGAGACACUGGCCGCAGAUAUUUUGUGGCACUUAACAAAGAUGGGACCCCAAGAGAUGGUGCCAGGUCCAAAAGACAUCAGAAAUUUACGCAUUUCCUGCCUAGACCUGUGGAUCCGGAAAGAGUCCCUGCAUUGUAUAAGGACAUACUGAUAUACACUUAAAGUGCAACAGUGUUUCUGUCGAAGAACCCAACUACACCCAUUUUUUCUUAUUACAGAUCUAUUGUAAAAAAAUAACCCAGAAAGACAUUCAGAAUGUCACAGAGCCUCUUUUCCGCUCAGAGACUGAAUUUGGAAAGAAUAUUAAGAACAAACAAACAAAAGUUUUGACUUGACAUUGAUCAAGAUCUUUCUUCGUAAGUGGGUUAAGUUCCCUUAGGUACACUGGCUCAGUCCUUCCUCGUAGA